UGCCGGGAAGCACGCGCCGCCCCUUCCUCCCCUCCUGCGUCCUCCCCUCACGCGCCACCCGUUUUUCCUCCUCCGUUAAUAACAGCUGGGUGGCUGGGGGAGGAGGGAAGGUGGCCUCGGCUGAGCCUGGGCGGGUGCCUCCCACUCACCCGCGAGCCGCCGUGGGAGCAGGAGGAUGGCGGCGGUAGCGGCGGCCGCUCGGGAGGAGGCGGUGCCGAGGCUCCCGGCGCAGAGCGCGGCGGCGGCAGAGAGCGGCAGCGGCCCGUCGCGGCGCAACAGAACCGAAAGCAGCGGCAGCCGCGCAGCCACCUGAGCCGCCCCUCCCGCGGGAGCCAGCGAGCGGCGCCCACUGGAGCCGGGACCUCCUUCCUCUCCGCCUCUCCUCGUCUCCCGCGCCCCCUGUCAGGCAGCAGGUCUCGCCCGCCAACCCUGAGAACAGCGCGCCGGGCGCAGACCGCCCCUCGAGGCGCCGGGCUGCGGCCCUGGACGUGCGGGCUUCUGUCUGCGCCGGCCUCGGCGCCUCGACCCUGCCCUCUUCGCUCACGCGCUCGCUCCCCCCGCCCCCGGCGCUCCGGGCGCUGCGCGCGGGCCCGGCCCGGGACAGGGCGGACAUGGGCGCGAAGCAGAGCGGCCCGGCCGCUGCUAACGGCCGCACCCGCGCGUACUCGGGCUCGGAUUUACCUUCCAGCAGCAGCGGAGGGGCCAACGGGACCGCGGGCGGCGGGGCGCGAGCCGCGGCCGCGGCCGCCGGGAGGUUUCCGGCUCAGGUGCCCGGGGCGCAUCAGCCCAGCGCCUCCGGUGGCGCCGCGGCGGCCUCGGUGGCCCCGCGCAGCCGCUCCCUAGGCGGGGCCGUGGGGGCCGUGGCGUCGGGGGCCCGCGCGGCGCAGUCCACCUUCAGCAUCCCCAACAGCAGCAGCGGCCCGUACGGCUCCCAGGACUCGGUUCACAGCAGCCCCGAGGACGGCGGCGGCGGCGGCAGGGACCGGCCGGCGGGCGGGGGUCCCGGCGGCCCACGCCUGGUGAUCGGCUCCUUACCUGCUCACCUCUCGCCGCACAUGUUUGGAGGAUUUAAGUGUCCUGUAUGCUCAAAAUUUGUACCCUCAGAUGAAAUGGAUUUGCAUCUUGUGAUGUGUUUAACAAAGCCAAGAAUAACUUAUAAUGAGGAUGUGCUGAGUAAAGAUGCUGGGGAAUGUGCAAUAUGCCUUGAAGAAUUGCAGCAGGGAGAUACUAUAGCACGACUGCCUUGUCUAUGCAUAUAUCAUAAAGGCUGUAUAGAUGAAUGGUUUGAAGUAAAUAGAUCUUGCCCUGAGCACCCUUCAGAUUAAGCAUCAGCUUCCUGUUUUAUAGGUUUCCUUGUCUUUUCAAGAUGCUUGAAAAACUGAGAGGAUACGAAGAUUUAUCUCUGGAAAAGCAAAAACAAAAAUGCAGGCACACUCAGCCAGAAAUCUAAGUUCUGUGAGACUCAGUAAUGCAGAGAUGGACAAUCAUACAGGAAAAAAAAAUCCUGCUGAGGAGAGGACAAUUGUCACAGAACUCAGUGUACCAAACAUGCAUAUAAAGGACACACAGGGAUUUUGAAAAUGCUGCACAUCCCUUAAUAGUCAUCUACAUAGGUAAUACUGAUGAACAUUUUAUAUUCAGACACCAAAGUUAACUGAUUUAAAAGUUGAUUUACUUUUUAUUAAGUUCUCUAGAGCUGCGCAACUAGUUUUUAAUUUGUUUUGGUUUUUAGUUUGGGGUCCCUUUAUUUUCCCCAACAUGAUGUUCCUGCAUUCAUCUAUUCUUAAAUUGAAGACCACAUAAUUUACUUCUUAAAAAUUAAAGUCUUGAAUGUGAAACCAAGAAAUGUAAUCAAGCAGUAAAACAUUCUCUGAAUGUAGACCAUGAUCUCAAGUUCUUUGAUUUUUUUUUUUCCCCAAGAGUGGAAAAUAGACUUCUACAUAGGAAAGCUAAAGUAUGUUAAUACUUUAAAGGUUUAACAUUAUCAGAAUGCAGUCCAAAGAGUAUAAAAUCAAGUUACAUAAUUACAUUUUAAUUAAUUAAAUUUGGAUUAUCUACAGAAUUGCAGUUUAUUAAAUAUGUUGUUUCCUUUUUAAAUAAAACUGCUAAACAGUUAAUCAGCAAUGAAUCAUCUUGCAGCUAUGCAACUUAAAAAAAAAACUAAUUACCAAUUUUAAGUGCUUCCAGCUACAGUAACUUUGUUUUAACGUAUUUUUGUUUGUUCUUUCCAUGUAAUUAUUUUAUUGUGCUUUGCAUCUCCAGGCAGUUUUCCUACAUUUGGGUAGAAUGUUUAGCAGGUUGUAAACUUAAUAACUUAUGAAAAGGGUAAAAUAAAAUUUUCUUGAGUGGAACUUGGAAUAAUUUGAGGGACAUUUUUAUAUACUUUUAAAAAUCAGAAUUUAAUUGGGAUGCCAGAUUUAUAGAAAUUUGCAUCUUUAAUUUUCCAGAUAAUCUGGGGUUUAGCAUUUGAUAAAUGAUUUUUUAAAGCAAACAUGAAGAUUUUGUUAAUUUAUAAUUUAUUAAUGUUAUUACUGUAAUUGAAAAUGUUACAGAGACUUUUAAAUUCAGUCUUGUUUAGAAAGAAAUGUAUUAAGCAAAAUUAUGUGAAUAAAUAUUCCCACAAAAUACAUCUGAAUGGUUAAAAAAUACUGGAGGAGAGCUAUCAGGGCUGCAACAGUGAAUGUCUUUUUUUUUUUAAUAUCAAAAAUACCAAUAAAUAGAUUUCAUGUUUUCAACAUAGGGAAAAUAUUAUCAGUGAACAAUUUAAGCAGUGCACUUUACUCAGUAUAAUUGAGAGUUACACAGUACUGUUUCCUUAUUUUAAGCUUUUCUUUAAUGUACUUGUGUUUGCUUUUCUGUUUAUUGCUGCUAUUCUUAUCCUCAAUUUUUUUUCUACUCUAUUGCUUCUGUUUCAUAUUUUUUAAAAGGGCACAUACAGGAGCAACUGCUGCUACCCAGAAAAAUAUGUAUAUUAUAAACAAUUAAAAGAGUUUUUCACUGCUUUCAGUGUGAUUCUAAACCAGGUAAUAUUUUCCUUAAAGUUAUACUGUGAAAUGUCUUCUGUUAUGCUGCAGUUGAUAGAAGAGUCCAAAACCUCCAUUGUGACAGCUGACAGCACAGUUUCAUAGGUGCUUUUUUUUAACCAGUUAUGGAAAAUAUUCUUCCCUCAAAGAAAAUAUUCUUUCCUUAAAUUUUUUCUGUUAUCACGAAAUCUUAAUAUGAAUACACUUUAGUUCACAUUUUCAAUUUUGUAAACUUUCUCUCUUGCUCUCCCUCUUUCUCUCUCUCUCUCACACACACCAAGAAAAACCUCUUAGAAUGUGAAUAAUUUUUUUUCUACUGGUAUAUUGUUAUGGUAAGAAUUAUUUUGUUGUCUUCAAUUCUUAAAGGAAAGGAUUUACUAUAGCUGUGGUAGUUAACUAUUGAUAUUCUCUUGGAAGUUGAUUUUCUGAUAUAAUUUACUCAUUGACUUUUAAAGUUUAUUGGCCUAAAUUCCCUUUUCCUUCUUUAUCCUGUACCAUACUCUCACAAUCGUAUUCACUUAGCCUUUGUUUGUCAUAAGGUUCUGUGCUGCAGUUCCUACAGUAGAAGCUCCUGUGGUUUAAGAGAAAGUUCAGUGUUUGUCAGUGUCGAGUGCUACUUGAUUCUUUGUCUAGAACAGUAUCUACUUAAAUCUGUUUAUAGUGAUCCCUUUUUUGUUAAAAUUUACAAAAGGUAGCAUUUUUUUUUUUUUACUUUAAAUUCAGUCUCCAUCAGUGACUUCCUAAAAAGAAUUAUUUAGAAAUUGAAAAUUUUUUA